CUCCGAAACGAGGAACUUCACAUGAGCAAAAAUGGCUACCACUACACGACCUAUGCUUUUACUGUUUGUCAUCGUUGGUGCAGUUUUCUGCAAAGAUAAAGAUGAUGAUUCUUGCAGAACAUAUGCAGGAGGUCAAGUCUAUCCACAAGAGGUAAAAACUGGGCACGACCACGCUCUUCACUGGAGCAAAGCAUUGAUUUCACAACCAGCACCAUACUGGGAAGGCAAAGCAGUUGUAGAUGGUGAAUUCAAAGACUUGAAAUUAACAGACUUUAAAGGGAAAUAUUUGGUGUUCUUCUUCUACCCACUAGACUUCACCUUUGUUUGCCCAACUGAAAUCAUCGCAUAUAGUGACAGAGUUGAAGAAUUCAAAAAAUUGAAUACAGAGGUUGUUGCAUGCUCUGUAGAUUCAGUUUUUACACAUUUAGCCUGGAUUAAUACUCCAAGGAAACAAGGUGGGCUUGGCAAGAUGCGCAUACCCAUUCUUGCAGAUUUGACAAAGCAAAUUGCAAAGGAUUAUGGAGUGCUAUUGGAAAAUGAAGGACAUACAUUACGGGGCCUUUUUAUUAUUGAUGGCAACGGAAUACUGAGACAGAUUACAAUGAAUGAUUUACCCGUCGGAAGAUCAGUUGAUGAGACACUGAGGCUUGUACAAGCAUUCCAAUAUACAGACAAACAUGGAGAAGUAUGCCCUGCUGGAUGGAAGCCCGGAGCAGAUACGAUUGUUCCUGAUCCAAAAGAGAAGCUAAAUUAUUUUACGAAACAGAAGGAGGAAAUGUAAAAUUCAGAAACUCUUAAUAUCAGGCAUUGAUUUUGUAGUUCUGUUACUAUUUACAUUUUAAAAUUGUUAGAGCUGGUUGUUAAAAUAGCAUAAAUGCACAUACAUAAUAAA